GUUGAAAUUUCAACAUGGAUCAACAAGCAUUAUGCAGUAUUUGUGACACAGUUUUGAUCAAUGACACCGACACUGUUGUUUCAGUGAAAGAGAGAGGAUUAAAAAAGUUGAUUGAGAAAAGCAUUGAGAAGGAAGACAGAAAAAGCGAGUUAUGGCUCGGAAAGAUUGAAGUUUCUUGUAGCUGUAAAACGAAUUGUUUAUCAGCUCGAUGUGGUUGCAAAAAAAGUGGUUUAAAAUGCAAUAAAUUUUGUAAAAGUUGCCAAGGCCAAAGCUGUGAUAACGCUUCUGCAAGAUCGUUUAAUCUUGAGGAUGAUGAAAAUGAAGAUAAAGAAGAUGAAGAAAGAGAUGAUAGUGAUGAUGGAAAUGUUUAUGAGGAUGAAAAUGAUGGUGAAGAAGAAACUACUGUCGAAGACGGAGAACAAGAAAAUGAAGCUAUAUGUACAGGACGUAAAACUGUUAAAAACACUCGUUCAAAAGUAUCCACACAAAAGAUUUUUUGUGGUUGUAGAACCAAUUGUGCAUCAGCAAGAUGUAGUUGUAGAAAAAGUUCUCUCAAAUGUAAUGAAUUAUGCAAGUUUUGUCAUGGUGAUACAUGCAAUAACAGUAUAAAUGCAGGCGUUGAUACCAAUGAAGAUAGUGAAUAUGAGACACAUACAAAAGCUAACGAUAAAGACGAAGAAACACCUACUGAAGAAGAAAACGAAGGAAGCUCAACUGUUAGAGACAGCAGUCCACUUGAUGAAAUUUAUAUUAACUUUGAAAAAUUUUAAUAUAAUUUUUGGAAUUGCAAAAUCUAUAUUUUUUUAUUUAUUAUAUAAUUAGAGAAUCAAUUACUCUUAGGAAGUUUCUUCAAAUUUUUUUAAUUGUAAUACAAUUUUGUAAUCUAUUAAAAAAAAAAAAAAUAUUUUCAUCAGUUAAAGUUGAUUUAAUUUGAAAAUAAAAAUUUUAAAUUGU